AUAGCCUUCACUGUCCACACCGUCUCUGUUUCCUUCUCACUUUUUUUGAGCCUUCCGCUGAUAUCUGUGUCUGAAACCCACACCUCUCAGGCUCUCCAAGGUAUGCGCAAAAAUUUAUUUCAAAUGAAUUCCAUAAAGAAUUGGCAUCGCCUUGCCAAGAAUAGUAAAUUCACCCAAGAAACUUCCAAAUUGCAUGCAUCAUGUUAUCUUGCGGUGAAUAGACAUCUGAAUGGGUUGCAACCUCAAGCGACAUUGUUGGAGCAGGCUGUCUUAGCAAGAAAUGUGGCAUGGAGAUCUAAGUUGCCUUCUUGUUCGGAAGGAAAUUUCCUAAGGUCAAAUCUCAGUGCAAUAAGUAUAUCACGUCAAUUUGGUCAGAGUGCUGGAGGUGAUCCUCAGAUGGAUAGAGAUUUUCUAGUGCAGCUCUGGGUUGUAGACAGGAAAGCAAAAGGUUCAAGAGGGAAAAGAAAGCGAAAAACAGUUAAGUAUGGUGCCGAUAGUGAAAUAGUCUAUGGUAACCAACUUUCUUCCCAAUUUCCAUUUGGAAGAUGGUUUUCAGGUGCACCGGUCACAAAAGAGAAACCUUCUGAGCAGGAGAAACCAGUUCUGAAGCAACCACCACUUAGUCAAUCUGUCACUGGUUUUCUGGAGCCUGCAUCUCCAGAGGAGGCUCGGGUUGCACCUCUUCUUGCUAGGUCCAAUUUGCUGAUCACUAGGGAUAUAGAAUGGGCAAAUCUUGUACUUGGUUUUGAGCAGGAAAACCGGUAUGCAAUGGUAGACGUGUGCUACCCCCAGUCACCUGUAGGUUUUAUUCGUGAGCAGAGUAAUGUAAUCAUGAGACAGUUGCUGCGGCUAAGGCGCCCUUUUGUUGCUUACAUAGUUGAUGCCAUGGGUAAUGAGCUCUUUAGGGUUCGUAGGCCUUUUUGGUGGAUAACAAGCUCCAUUUAUGCAGAGGUAAAUGGUAAGGAAGUUGGUGUGGUUCAUAGACGAUGGCAUCUUUGGAGGAGGGUGUAUGAUCUGUACUUGGGGAAUAAGCAAUUCGCAGCAGUUGAAAACCCUGGCUUCUGGAACUGGACAUUUACUUUGAAGGACAUUGAUGGGAAAGUGCUGGCUGAGAUUGAUCGUGACUGGAGGGGUUUCGGCUUUGAGAUCUUCACUGAUGCGGGUCAAUAUGUGAUCCGAUUUGGAAGUUCUGAUCCCAACUCUAAGUCUGGCCCUGCUAAAGCGAUUCAAGAGUUGGAAGUUGUUCGGCCCUUGACUUUGUCAGAAAGAGCUGUAGCUGUUGCUCUUGCUGUAUCAUUGGACAAUGACUAUUUCUCGAGACAUGGUGGCUGGGGAAUUCCUUUUGUAGCUGUUGAUGAGUAGGAUUCAGACAGAAGAAUGUUUUGAAUCUUCUGAUCAAGCAACAUGUCUUCUCCGUCUCCAGCUGUGAGAGAAUGCGGCCGUUUUUGUAUUGGCAUUUUCUGUUGUCAUGAUGUACAGGUAAACAAUGGAUAUUUCAGGAUUUGAAUAUACUGGGAAGCCUGGAAAUUGGUUGUAGUGAAUGGACCAGUUUUUUACAUAUAUACUAGAAGACACCAGGCUUUGGCUUGGGCUUUGAAGA